GGAGGAGGAGGAGGAGGUGGAGAAGCCGGGGACAACAGACGAGCAGCAGCAGACGCCGGCCACCGCCGACAUCCUUCGACAAGCUCUCCGGGUGAUGCGUCCGAUCCGCCGGCCUGUGCGCUGAGGGAGACACCGCAGAGGAGCUCAACCUGAAGACGUUUCACCAGAUCUGCGUUAAACCGAGAGGAACGAUGGUGACGUUGGAGACCCCGGAGGCUCCCGUACCUCUGACGCCGCUCUCCCGCUGGUACCUCUACGCCAUCCAUGGCUACUUCUGCGAGGUCAUGUUCACGGCCGCCUGGGAGUUCGUGGUGAACUGCAACUGGAAAUUCCCCGGCGUGACCAGCGUGUGGGCGCUCUUCAUCUACGGCACCUGCAUCCUCAUCGUGGAGCGGAUGUACCUGAAGUUGCGUGGCCGCUGCCCGGUCCUCCUGCGUUGCAUCAUCUACACGCUGUGGACGUACCUGUGGGAGUUCGGCACGGGGCUGCUGCUGCGCCAGUUCAAUGCCUGCCCCUGGGACUACUCCGAGUUCCGCUACAACUUCAUGGGACUGAUCACGGCCGAGUACGCCGUGCCCUGGUUCUGCGCCUCCUUCAUCGUGGAGCGCUUGGUCAUCCGCAAAACCCUGCGGCUGCGCUUCCACGAGGGCCCCGAGGACGGCUGGUCGAAUCAUCGAUCGGAUGCUGGGGGCGGUGGCGACGGUGGAGGAGGAGGCGGAGCUGUAGGAACAGUGGGCGGUGUGAGGAGGAGAGAGAGGAGCAGGGGGGCGGAAAACGAUGCAAACGGCUACCUUAAAGGAGAAUGAAGGAAGGGGGGACACGAUCUGAAACCAGCCCUGCGACACCUCCUCUACUCUCCUCAGCCACUUUUCACGAGCAGACGGCUGCGUAGCCCGGGCUGGUGUGCAGAAAAAAAAACAAAAAAUAACCGGGGGGCCUAAAAAAAAUAAUUUAAAAAAACGCCCCGAAAAUCACUCACUGUGCUCUCUACUGUCAACAGAGGCACGAUAACUCCACUGCUGCUGUGUUUGCUGCAUUUUCAUAACGCACCCACCCAUUUUCCACGUGGGGGUCUGACCUGAAGGAGAUCGGGACAUCUCCUCGUCGCAGACGCCGCAAACAAACAAGAAAAAUACUGUUGAAAAAAAUCCGUGCAAAAGGAAACAAACUCAAGAACAUUACUUCUGUUUUUCAGGGGGCGCAUCGGUCCGCCUGGAAGCAGAGCGCUUCGCUGCGUAGAAAUCAUAACAAGAAGUAGCUGCAGCUGUAACAUGUCCUUUUUAAUAUGUACAUAUUGUCCUUUAGUAUUACUCAAAGUACUGUAGUAAUGUAGCUACAAGAAGCUCUUUAAGAACCGUCCACCCUGAGGCAGUGCUCCAUGAAUGUUAACCCACAAUGCCUGGAAAAAAAAAAAAAAAAAGAUGCAUGAACAAAAGUUGUCUUCCAAUAUAAUAUACGUUUUUACAGAGCUCAUUGUAUGUCGUAUGAGUUACGACAAGUCGAGUUCCCGUGUUCCUCCUCGAGCGAGAUGUACUGAACCCCCCGAAAACUGCUCCUGGUGAGCGAGUCCAUGGCCUUGCAUGGCAGCUUCUCCGCCAUCGCUGUAUGAAUGGAUGUGUGUUUGGUGUGUGUGUGUGUGUGAAACAUUUUAAGGCUCCAAACAAAUGCAGUCCAUUUACAAUAAUAGCAGGGGUGCUUCUCUGUUGAUGGUGAUGAGUCAUGAGCGGCAGCACAGAGCGGCGAACCUACCUUUUGGUAAUUUUUUUCCUUUUCAUGACUCACCGCGUGCGGCGCUCAGAUCUCGUUUUUUUUUUUUUUCAGUUCUCGUUCAAACGUAACUCCUCGUGCAGUUCGCUCUGUGAGGCCUGAGCUGUCACGUGAUCGAAAAAGGAGGUUCGUCCAUUGAGAAAACACUCCUGAAUCUCCUGUUACACUGUAAGC